AUGAGGCUAGGGCUGAGGCUGAGGCUGAAGCUGAGGCUGAGGCUGAGGCUAGAGUUGAAGCUGGAGCUGAGGCUAGAGCUAAGGCUGGGGCUGAGGCUAGAGCUGAGGCUCGGGCUGAGGUUAGUGCUAAGAAUACUGGCUAAGACUAGGGCUAAAACUAGAGUUGAAGCUAGAGCUGAGGCUAGGACUGAGGCUAUGGCUGAAGCUAUGGCUGAGGCUAGGGCUGAGGCUAGGGUUGAGACUAGUGCUGAGGCUAGACCUGACGCUCGGGCGAAGGCUAGGGCUGAAGCUAUUGCUAAAACUAGGACUAAGCCAAAACUACAGAGUUUUUUCAAAUGA